GCCAAACACCGUUAACCACUCCUGUGAUGAGGACGAAAAGGGGAAAAAGAGACGCUGCUGAGUUGUAAUCCCACCAAGUAAACCCAGAGAAUCUGCUUCGUUGUUGCGUGCAUUGAACAGUGUAAACAGACAAACAAACAAACAAAACUGUGCCAUCGCUUUAAAAAAACGAAAGAAAUGAUGUUCACAGGAUGGCAGCCCUGCCCAGCACCGCGGAGGAGCUGUACGAACUCGUCUGCACGCUUCAACGCGAACAGCAGUGCACUCAACUAGAAUUGCGAGCCAUUCAGCGGCGCAGUGAGGGUUUGAAGGAAGCAAUUCAAGAACACCACGACACCGUGUUGGCGGAGCGUCGUAAGCGGCAGGAUGUCUCACAGCAGUUAGCGGCUCUCCGGUUAACCGCACGCCGUCUGAAAGCUCAGGAAGAAGGAGCUGUGUGCGCAGCUCAGAGUGCCGUGAGCGCACUGCAUGCGGAGCAAGAAGAGCUCUUGCAGACAUGCCGUCGCAGGGCUCUCGAUGGAAUUGCCAACUCCUCCGGUGCACAACACGUCAACGACAUUCAAGAGAGCAACGGUGGUAGUGCAGCAGAUUUUUCUUCAAGGAAAGAGCAUCGCAUCGAAGAGACUGGUGACGGCCCGGCAGGCUCAAGCUCUUUCAUGGCCCCCACGUACGCGUUUACAAGUGCUGUGUGCAGCGGAAAAUGCACGUCGAUGUAUUCAGGCGCGGCUAUUCACGCUCUCAUGUCGUCGUUGCGUGCGAAGCUUACGGAUUGCUUACACGCCGCUGCGACCUCGCACGCUUCCUGCGUCAGCUCCACGACGCAAAAUAGCGGAGGUGCUGCUGUGGAGUUGCCUGAGGAGCAGCCCCGGCAGUCGUCGCAGGAAGCGUUGAAAGAAGGAUCAAUUCCACUGCCAACAUCCGCCGCUGACGAUCCAUGCGCGAGAAACGGCAGCGAUGACGCUCUUUGCUCUGCCUCGGCAGCGGGGCCCAAUUGCACCCCAUCCUUACCGUCCACUUCUGCGCCGCCUACCCUGACAAUCAAGAAGCACAUCGAGUUCGCACCGACGGGGUCGUUCCAUCGUGUCACGCCAGUUCCGGCCGCAAACGCCAACCGGCUUACGCCAUGCUUUAAUCGUGGGGAGUCUUCCUGCCCCAGUGCAACCAGAAGGACGUCGGACAGUCGCGGCGGUUUCGGGCCGAUACCCAUUGCAUCGGGUGUGAAUGCCGGUGCGAGAAAGUUUACUGUCCGUGUGGCUUCUCGCUCCUCCACCCUUCUGGCGGAAGCGGCCGCACUGGGUGCGAAGCGUCGGCGCACCAUUCAGCUCACCACCGCCACCCCGUCGAAGACAGCCACCAAUGCAGCUGACUCAGGCCGGAGUAACUCACUUUUAAACCCUCCGAGACAAUCUGCAGCCGAUCCCCGCACAGACGACGUGUGCAAUCCACCACCACCACCACACCCCAAUGCUGCCCUUUUCCCGCCGGAUGCAGCCGCGACGAGCUCUACAGAGCAACAGGGAAGCGAUACAACACGUAUCGCCGCCUCAGCAGGCCUUUCGGUUUGUGGUUCGCGAGUCUGCAUUAGUGGAAACUCGAGGCCUCGACGAACGGUGUGGACGUGGACGCGUGAUGCUGCACAGGAAAGACCGUGUUGUGAUUCGUGA